AUGACGACCAGUGGCGCCUUCUCCACCACAACAAAUGUUGCCUCGACUACGACCAGCGGCGCCUCCUCCACUGCAUCAAACGCUGCCUCAACGACUACCAGUGGCGUCUCCUCCACCACAACAAGCGAUGUUUCACCAACCACCAGUGUCGCCUUCUCCACCAAGAAUAGUGCUUCCUCAACAACGACCAGUGGCACCUCCUCCACCACGACAAAUAUUGCCUCAACAACUACUGGAGGCUUCUCCUCCACCACAACAAACGUUGCCUCAACAACCACCAGUGUCGCCUUCUCCACCACGAAUAGUGUUCCCUCGACUACGACCAGCGGCGCCUCCUCCACCACAACAAACGCUACCUCAACGACUACCAGUGGGGCCUCCUCCGCCACAAAUUCUGUCUCAACAACAAUCAGUGGCGCCUCCUCCACCACAACAAACGUUGCCUCGAGUACUACCAGGGGCACCUUGUCCACCACAAGUAGUGCUGUCUCAACGACUACCAGUGGCGCCUCCUCCACUACAACAAGCGCUGCCUCAACAACCACCAGUGUCCCCUUCUCCACCACGAAUAGUGCUGCCUCGACUACGACCAGCGGCGCCUCCUCCACCACAACAAACGCUGCCUUGACUACGACCAGUGGCGCCUCCUCCACCACAACAAAUGUUGCCCCCACGACUACCAGUGGCGCCUCCUCCACCACAACAAGCGAUAGUGCUGCCUCAACGACGACCAGUGGCGCCUCCACCACCACAACCAGCGCUGCCUCAACAACCACCAGUGUCGCCUUCUCCACCACGAAUAGUGCUGCCUCGACUACGACCAGCGGCGCCUCCUCCACCACAACAAACGCUACCUCAACGACUACCAGUGGGGCCUCCUCCACCACAAAUUCUGUCUCAACAACAAUCAGUGGCGCCUCCUCCACCACAACAAACGUUGCCUCGAGUACUACCAGGGGCACCUUUUCCACCACAAGUAGUGCUGCCUCAACAACUACCAGUGGCGCCUCCUCCACUACAACAAGCGCUGCCUCAACAACCACCAGUGUCGCCUUCUCCACCACGAAUAGUGCUGCCUCGACUACGACCAGCAGCGCCUCCUCCACCACAACAAACGCUGCCUUGACUACGACCAGUGGCGCCUCCUCCACCACAACAAACGCUGCCUCAACGACUACCAGUGGUGCCUCCUCCACUACAACAAGCGCUGCCUCAACAACCACCAGUGUCGCCUUCUCCACCACGACAAAUGUUGCCCCCACGACUACCAGUGGCGCCUCCUCCACCACAAUAAGUGCUGCUUCAAUGACUACCACCAGUGGCACCUCCCCAACCACGACAAUUGCUGGCUCCACAACCAUCACCCGCGGCGCCUCCUCCACAACAACAAACAUUGCCUUGACUACUUCCAGCUGGUGCGUCCUCCACCACAACAAACGUUGCCCCCACGACUACCAGUGGCACCUCCUCCACCACAAGCAGUGCUGCCCCGAUGACUACCAGAGGCUUCUCCUCCACAACAACAGAUGCUGCCUCAGCAACUACCAGCAGCGCCUCUUCCACCACAAUAAACAAUGCACUGACGACUACCAGUGGCGCCUCCCCCACCACAACAAAUGUUGCAUUGACUACGACCAGCGGUGCCUCCUCCACCACAACAAACGUUGCCCCGACAACGACCAGUGGCGCCUCUUCUACCGCAACAAAUGGUGCCUCGACUACUACCAGUGGUGCCUUCUCUACCCCAAGUAG